GGAUCAUUUCACACCAGUCUAAAGGAAGAAGAACCGAAGCCGAGACCCUGAGCGUUGACUCGCGUGAGGAGCUCUACGGCAAACCCCUUCUGAUCUGAUCUCUGGAGCUUCCGAUCAAUUUAAACCUGAAUGCAGGCAUCUCUUUAAUGAAGGCACUGUUUAUGGCUGUUAUUUUUUGAAGUAUAGCUCUUGAAACCUGUAAGAUCACGCGUGUGUGAAGAAAUUAUUUCCUUGAGAAAAACAUUUACAACGAUGCUCGUGGAUUUGUAUGUCACGCAUAUUGUAGGAUUUUUAAAUGCACGCACGAUUGUGAAUUUAUCGGUAAGUGAGGCGUAAGGUUUGACAACAAAUGUGUGUUCAAGACAAAUCAGUUCAUGCAUAGUCUUCCAUUGCAAAAGGAUUCCCGUAAUUAUUUACAUAAUCUAUGAAUCGGAUUUUUUAUGCGUUUUUACAUUGCUUUUUUUUUGGUGGGAUUCGGACACAGCGCUAUGCUAGAUCUUUGUUAAAUAUUUAACCCUGAGACUGUUCCUCUGUAAGCAUCAUGAUGGCAAAACAUUGUCCCAAUGAUGACCUAAGUAAGAUCUCUGAUGAUGAACUGGUCAGAUGGAGCAAAGAAGACUUGAUCAAGAGACUGAGAAGGGCUGACAGUGAGAAAAUGAACCUAAUGCUGGAACAUGGGAACAUGAUGAAGGACAUCAACCGCAGACUGCAGGUGCACCUCCAUGAGAUCCGUAAUCUGAAGGAGAUCAACCAAAAACUGCAAGAUGAUAACCAGGAGCUCAGGGAGCUCUGCUGCUUUCUCGAUGAUGAUCGGCAGAAAGGUAAGAAGCUGUCUCGGGAAUGGCAGAGGUUUGGGAGGUAUACGGCCAACUCCGUGUGGAAAGAGGUGAGCACCUAUCAGCAGAAACUCAAGGAGCUGGAAGUCAACCAGGAAAACGUCCUCCGGGAGAAUGCAGAACUAAAGGAGAUCAUUCUCAUGUUGGAUGAAGAUAGGAAUGGCGCAGGAUCUAGGAGCUCUAUAGACAGCCAGUCUAGUCUGAGCAACCUGAAUGGAGGUUCGAGCAUUGUCCGAGAUGUUGGCGAUGGGAGCAGUACCUCCAGCGGCGGAAGUGCUGGCAGCCCAGACCAUCAUCAUAAUCACAUACACAAGACUGUAGAAACCAAGAUUGGCACCAUACGACGAUCAAUGGAUGAUCUCUCCGCUCCACAUCAUCACAGGAGCAUUCCCAAUGGACUCAAUGAUGCAUCCUCAAACUACAUUCGCCAGCUAGAAACCAAGGUCCGGAUUCUAGAAGACAAUAACAACAAACUGCUCUCACAACCCUGUAGCCGUUAUAGCUUAUCAAAGCUGUCCAUGAAGUCUAAUCCAGGAGACCUGCGAGUCCUGCGGAAGGGCAUGAACCUCUACCACUCCGAAUCACAGCUGUCUUCCCUCCCCCAGAGGCAGGAGGCCCUACUGAAUGGGACUGGAAGGCUACAGACCAGUGAGUCUUCUCCUUCCACCGGGUUUGUCUCAUCUGUACAGAAACCUGAAGCUGUGGUUCAUGCCAUGAAGGUUCAGGAGGUCCGUGAUAAUCUGGACAAGCAGCUUCCAGAAGAAAGUGAAGAAGACCUGAGUGAGAAAGAGAAAGCCAUAGUGCGAGAGAUGUGCAACGUGGUGUGGCGAAAGCUGGGUGACGCAGCAGGAUCAAAGCCGUCCAUCCGACAGCAGCUCUCUGGGAAUCAGUUCAAAGGUCAGCUCUAACACAUGAGGAACAUCUCUCCUGUUCAGCCACCAUUAAACUCCAGCAGCACCAAACUGAGAGACACAAACGUUUCUGUCCACUACCAUCAUCCAUGUCAAAUAAUUUGGUGUCUGACAAUUGCCAUUAACAUUGGGCCGCUACACUCCAAUUUUCAGUUAAUCUGUAAACAAGCAAUAAUCCACCUUGAAAUGAAAUUUUUUGACUGUUAAUUAUAUUUUUUCUUUAUUGAUGAAAUCGAUCUGGUAUGAAUUUACCAACUCUGGACUGCUCAGUUGACAAUUACCCAACGGUCAAUUUGACCGAAUUUAGAUUUAGAGAAGAAACACUGAAAGGACAGUGUGGUUUGGGACUGGACCCAUGAAGUGUUUACUACUGGCAGCUAGUGAUGUUCAGUCAGAUUUCCUCUUUUUUGUUUUGUUUUACCUCAUAAUAUUGUUUUUACAAACCAGUGAUGUAAGAAAACUCAUUAUUGUUUGCCUUCACCCUUUUUGACAAAGUCGUGUCCACCGAACUGUGGUUCACUCCUUUCAGAGUGAUACCAGAUCAUGCUCACUCACUCCACUGUGUUCUGGUACCCUUCCUGUGCAGGUAAUCUACACUAAUGACUCUGAAAGACGAUGUAAGAUAUGUACAAAAAAACACUUUAUUAUGUUGUCUUUUUAAGUGUUUUUACUUUUUCUAGAAGCUGUUUUAAUAAGUUCCAACUUUACAGCGUCUGGGGUUUCUUAACAGUGCAACAAUUUUUGAUCAAUGCAACUCAGACACAAAAGCAGCACAAAACAUGCUGAAUUAGAUUUUUCCCUCUUCCUGUAUGAAAAAAAGGCGGUCACAACUGAAAAUCAUUGUAUUUGAACAUUUAAGAUGUCAGAUUUUAAAACGGUGUGCUGUGCAUGCUAGACAAUCACAUCUCUCAGGUCUAGGGAAAUGGCAAGUAUACAGUACAUCAUGUCUGAAACAGUAGUUUCAGUUGUCCUUUUCCAGCCUUUUUAAGUCCUCGGUUGACCCGUUAACAGUCACGACUGAUGCAUUGGAAGAAAUAAUUGUGCUAACCUAAUGUUUUAAAGGUCUAUGCUGUCUUUUUCACCACUAGGAGUUUAUCUAGAUGAAUGUCCUUUCUCAUGAUUCUAGUAAAAAAAAAAAAAAAAACAUGCAAUGCUCCACUUUGACCUCCACAUGAAUGCAUGACAGAUGAUGUCAAUGGGGUCAAAGUUUAAAUUAAAGCAGCUUUGUGUCUCAAAAAGUAGACAAGUCCAUCAAUGUCUCCUGCCCCGACUAAAUAUUUCAGUCCAUGAAGGAAAACUGUGCAUCAAGUUUCAUGGACGUUUAAGUAGUUGUUGCAGGGGGAUUCUCUGUCACUGUCAGUUACUAUGAUUAUAGUUUGUUUUGGAUGAACAAUGAUCACAGGCCCUCAUGGAAUCCAUUAGAAGUUCUGCAUAUUUCCCAUCCCCUGCUUGUUCAUCUAUUAUAUAUUUCGGCUAGUUUAAUAAUGCUUUCGGUUACCAAAAAGCACUUUCAGCACCAUAUCUUAUGUGUUAUCCUCACAUUUUCCCUCAGAAGUCUGAACUAUUGAAGAACUAUAGUUACCAUUAAACUUAAUUAGUGAUCAAGGUCUGGAUAUAGCAAUAGGCAUUCAGUUCAUUUAAAUGCAUGUCAGCAAUAGUUUAAUGUAUGUGAGUCUCUUUUUCCUGAUAUUCUUUUCAAUGUCAAAUAAACCGCUCAGCUCAUGCCUGUAAAUGAAAUACUAUGGCUGUGUUCAGAAUGCAAAAAAGAAAUGGUAUGUAAAACAGCACACAUUUUUCAACCAUAAACAGUAGCAUUGACAUUUAAAAAGUCUAGAAAUAUUUCAUGUUCAAAUAAAUUGCAACUAAUUCAGUUCGAUCUUCAUACUGACGAUGGAAGGUCGAGCAUAUGUUGUAUGCUGCAUUUAGUUGUAUUCCGAACAUAGCCAAAAGAUGUAAUUGUAAAUGGGUGACAGCUAAAGAAAGAGUUUAAACAUGAAUUAACCAGAGGUGUUUUCUUUAUUAGUAAGAGUGCAUUCGAUUGGCUGGCAAUGAGUUUUGACCCACCUGUUACAAACAUGAGAAGUUGCUAUUGUUGUUAAUGAAAGGAACUGCAAGCAGAUCCGAAGCGGUCUUAACACAAAGCCAUGAUUUUUCGGGGAUGAUAUUAUUUGGCAUGUGCUGCCUCUUUUGUGCAUGGGGUUUUAUUUUGAACCUAUGCACCUACUCCCUGUUUUGUUUUAUUGUGUAAAGCCUCUGAGGUUUAUCCUGUCUUCAGUGUUAAUAGCUGCGAGCAUGACCGCAGGAUACAUUUUAUGGUAAAGAUGUAAAGAAAAAAGGUGUACAAAGUGAACCAAACAAUUCUGUCAAUAAACAAUCUAUUGCUUUA